AUGAGCCAAAGGCCAAAGGGCGUGAUUUUAAUUAACACUCAAACUCAACCAGAGCAUUCAACCGAGAGUGAGAAGUGGCCAAUUGACAAAAGUAAAGCUGGUGGCAGAGAUUACAGAGAAUUUUUAGAAGAAUACGUUAAAAAUUCUUACAAAGAAAAUAAAUUCGAAUCAAACUACAAAUACUGGGAUCAACAGUACAUUGCCAUACAAAAACUAGUCAAUAACGUUAGUAAAACAAAGUACCCUAGGAUAUAUUCCUCUUCAUCAACCGGACUAACUGCAGAACAGUGUCAUCUUGCAUUGUCUAACGAAGUUUUAGAGGAUCUUAAAAGAGAGGAGGAGUCCAUCUUUAGUAGAUUGUUCUCAAGGAAAGAAAAAUAA